ACUCAGGUAUAUUGAAAUUCAUUUAGUUGCCUUUAAUUUACUUGUCCACAAAUGUACUUUUGACAAAGGGUUAACUCAGCGAGGCAUAAAGUUUGAGACACUUUGCAUUUCAAAUUUAACUGCACAUGUUGAGGCUGAGUUACUUCCUCUUUUGUUCUGGUGAUGUCAGUGACAUUCAACAAAGAUUUCACUUCAUCUUUGUUGAGUAAAAUUACUGUAAAUGGAUUGUGACACGUUGUUGCAACAGCUUCUAUCGCUGAGAGUAUACGGGGUAAAGAAAAUCCAUUAAACAUUUGUUUACCAGAAGGAUUUUUUUUUUUAGAGGAGUUGAACAGACAUGACGAUGUUAACAUGCACGGUUGGUUCCAAAAACUCUUGAACUCAAGAGCAGUUUUACCAACACAACAUGAACACAAAGCUAAAGUGACAACUCCAUCAACAUCAUCUUCAUUUACAUCAUCCUCCUGUUCUUCGUCAUCAUCAGUGGGGACAGUCCCUUCUAAACCAAUAAAGCUACAGUCUGCUCUGAGCUCACAUCUGAGAUGGAGACGAAAAUAUGACUUGCUUGUGUGCCACAGCGUUGCCGACAGUGACAUUGAAGAGGCUAAACGCCUGGUCUCUUUCUUGGAGGCUUCACCUCGCAGCCUUAGGUGCUUUCUAUGGCAGAGGGACGUCUGUCUAGGAGGUGCAGUUUUCACAGAAUUCUGCCAGGCUGUGCGGGAGAGCCACUUACAGGCUCUUCUAAUCACUCCUAACUUUCUGCAGGAAGAUUGGUGCAAGUAUAUGAUGCACCAGGUUCUGGCUGAGGGACCUAUGUCCAAUCGACUGAUUCCUCUGAUACAGAAUCUGUCCCCCUCUCAGUACCCUCAGGAACUGAAGUUCUACUUCUACAUCAACCUGAGCAGUAACACCGACCAAGGUUAUAGGCUCAUCAACAAGACUGUGCUCAAGUACCUGGAAGACCUGGUUAAAAACGAAAAGGCACAUGACUGCAACGUGGACAGCUCCAGCAAUGGAAUAAGUGGGGAAGGCAGCUCACAAGGAGAUGAGCUGAUCUCAAACAAUGACCCCGCUGAGGCUUCAGGUUGGCUGGGAGUGAUGCAGAAGACAGAUAAAAGCUCUGAUGACAUUUGAUAAUCCUCAACAAUAAUUAAAGAACAUCAUGAAGGACAAGAGGCUCUGAGUGGAAGAACACUGCUGCUAUUGGUUUGAUUUAACUUUAUCACAUCAUGUUGUGAUUAAAUGGAAAGUCAAGCUAUAGUGUUGUUGCUUAGACUUUAUUUUUGCACAGUCACUCACCACGGAAUAUGUGGGAAGGAUGUUUAUGCGGUGAAGAGGCAAUAUUGUUUUUCCAAGCAACAUAGGGCUUUUUUUGUGUAACAGGUCUAGAGAAGUACAGUGUUUACUGAAGUAGUUUGCAAUUGCAAACUGCUGUUUAACUGCUGUUAAUGAGCACAUGUUGUGGGAAUUUGUGUUCAUAGUCUUCGCUUCUAACCUGUAAUUAAGUUAAGUCGCAGCCCAUAAUAUAUGGCCCUGAAGCACCAUAUAUGCAUAGGAUCCUCCCUUUGCCAGAGUGAGAAAUGACAGUGUGCUGUAAUAGGAUGAAUACACGUAAACUGUGGUACAGUGUUUACCACCAGGUGGUGCAUUUUUCCUGUACAAUCCAGUUGAGAGUGCUAGAGAGGGCUGUCAGUCAUGAAGGCAUUACCCCAGGAACACUAGUUAUCUUGAAUGAGUGUGAGCUAAUAUGGGAGCGAAAGUGAGGAACAGAGAAGAUGAGAGUAAAAGGGAAAUACCCAGCUAAAACAAACUGCUGACAGUGACAUGACCUUUUUACUGAAGUGGGCAUACUAACAGUAAAGGAUAUGUAAUUCCAUUUGAGACAAGGCACAGCUUGCAAGAUAUCAGAGUGAUGGUUCUGGUCUGCUCAUAUUAAUAUAUCUGACUCAGUGGUUUAAGCUCAGCUAGUUGGAACAAAGUCUGAAUAUGUCAAAGAUUUGGAAGGAACACCCUUUCUCCUCCAUCCAAAGAAAAAACCUUCAGUCUGCUGUUAGGUAGGCUAUGAUUUAAUGUCCUUGGCAGUACCUUCCCCUGUUAAUCAAGCAUGCUGGCAGUGCUUCACUUCAGACAGUUGGCAUUUGGACCACUCACUGUAGAAUAUCAGGUAUUCAUUGAAUCAACUAGAGCAUGACAUUUGUGAUCCUAUAAUCUUAUUUUUUUGACAUAAACAAGUUUUUUUCCCCCGUUUCACAUGAAGCACCAUCUGCCUUCAAGAAGUGGUGCAUGUUCUCUUUUUCUGACUUUUUUAAUGCUAUGUCACCCUACCACUACCCAUCCCCCUAAAUAACAGCAGACAUUUAGCACCACAUUAAAAUACCCUUGAUAAUCGCCUCUUUUGUGGCAAGCCAACAUUGUAACAUAAAAAUUUAGACUAAUCUCUGAAAGGCACAGAUGUUCUACAGGGCUUUUGUUGUUACCAUAACAAAUCCUCCUCCAGAUGACACGCUCACACACACACACAAAGAUACGUGAAUGCUUAUUGAC